GCUGGUUCAUUUUAUCUAAAAUAGAAAUACAAAAUUAUAAGGGAAAGGCAUCCAAAAUUUGCUGAGGACAGAGGUGAGGCAGGCCAGGGCAACCAGGCAAGAACUUUCCCAUCAGACUUUUGGAAAGUAGCUUAUCUGCAAAACAGCUUGAGACUGAGCCAGGCCCCAGACCUGAGAGCAGCCAGUGGGCAAGUACAGAGGUGGAGCUUGCACUGAGGCUGUUUGUUAGAUAUAAAAUGCUUGGAUGGGUCAGCGCUGACCACAGCACCCGGGAAGCGGCUGAGGGGAGCUGUGUAGAGGGUAGCACCGGCCAUGGGGACAGCAGCCCCAGCCCUUUUGGUACUGCUCAGCCUAAGAGUGACUAUUUGUGAUGCUGAGGACACUUGCUCAGAGGUGAGAAUAGUGGGACUGCGUGAUGCUGACCGACUUGCCAUUCUUCAAGGAUGUCCAGGGAUCCCAGGUGUCUCUGGCCCAAAAGGAGAAGCAGGUCUCCCAGGAACAAAAGGAGAAAUGGGAGACCGGGGAUUCCCGGGGAAAGCAGGACCACCUGGAGCAAAAGGAGCAGCUGGAGAGCCCGGCUUCCCAGGACUGAAAGGAACAAAAGGAGAACCAGGAUUUCCAGAAAUAUGGGAACCGGGGAACUGCCAAGAACUGCUGGCCAAAGGGAAGAUUUUGAGUGGCUGGUACACAAUCUACCCCCAAGACUGCAAUGCCACCACCGUCUUCUGUGACAUGGACACGGAUGGUGGGGGAUGGAUUGUUUUUCAGAGGCGCUGGGAUGGGUCAGUGAACUUCUUUCGAGAUUGGGAUUCGUACAAACGAGGCUUUGGCAACCAGUUGACAGAGUUCUGGAUGGGGAAUGACGACAUCCACUUCCUCACCUCUCUGGGACCCUGUGAACUCCGCAUUGACCUGAGAGACUUUGAGAACAACUACUAUUUCGCCAAGUAUGCUUCAUUCAGAGUUUUAGGAGAGUCAGAGAAAUACAGACUGAUUCUAGGAGACUUCCUUGGUGGAAACGCUGGGGACUCUUUAUCGUACCACAGGGACAUGCCAUUUUCAACAACAGAUCACGACAAUGACAUGAGUUCCUUUAACUGUGCCACAGAAUACAAGGGAGCGUGGUGGUACAAUGACUGCCAUUACUCCAACCUGAAUGGGAUGUACUGGAUGGGUGCGCAUGGGAGCUAUGCUGAUGGCAUCAACUGGAAGACAGGCAAAGAAUACCACUACUCCUAUAAGCAAACGGAAAUGAAGUUCAGGCCAGUUUAACAUGGUGACAGGAUGUCUGACUAGAUCCAAGAGGUGCCACUGACCCACCGACAGAAGACACAAAACAAUGUUGCCUGGGGACAAAAAUGGACCAGAAAGGAUAUUACAGGUUGUGCCUUCUGUCUAGAGCAGGAUUUUUGAAGCCAGAAGAUAUCAGUACUGGUCUGAGCUCCUGUAAGCACCAGACCCUGAAACCUCUCUCACCCUGACUAACUUCAGCAGCCCCACUGAUACAGACUGAGCCCAAGCACCUUCUGAAAAGUGUGUUACUUUUACUAAAGACCAGGUGAUGAAUGGGGCCAGUGCACCUCAGUAAAGCUCUCUGAUAUUACUACCCUAAAUGGUAAUUACUGCUAAUCUCCAGUAUAAUCCAUGUAUACAAAGACUCUAAUAUGCAUGCAGCAUCUUUCUAUUGGACCCAAGAGCCAUCCAAAAGGCACUGAAUUCUUGACCUGUCCCACUCUCCCUGCAGGCUGUGAUGGAGCCACAACAUAGAACAGCAUGGAAAAGACUGAGCUUCUAUCACAGUGCUGUCAGCACUACCAGUUUCCCAUUUCUUUCCCUACAUGUUCCAGGACCUCAGGUGUGACCCCAGCUCCUGGAACCACAGUAGAGUUGCUCAGCACUUCCCACCAGGACACAGCUGCAGCUGGGCCCAGAGGCAGCCUUAGCCAUUCUUCCAGGGCAUGUUUCUAGAUCUCAUUAGCUGGUGUGGACCAAGAGCUGUAUGCAAAACAGUCUGUUCAGCAUCAUGUGUCAUACCAAGACACUGUAGCAGUUCCAAGUCAAGCCUUGCACAUGUGGUCAUCAUGUACAGCGCAAGUACCUUCCACUUCAUCUGUUUCCAGCAGCAUUUGAGGGUAGCUUAUCUGCUGGUGGGUGGACACAGUUCACCUGGUUCAUGUAUUAUAUCUGACUAUUAGCAGAACUGGGUCUUGUGCUGCUGGACUCCUCGCCACAGCUGACAGAGGAGAACCAAGUGAUAACUCUUCACUGCAGGGAUAAACAGAGACAGCAGAAAUAGAGUAUUUCUUUGUGCUAUCUUUCUAAUGAUCCCAGGUUUAUUUCCCUGUAUAUUACACAGAUAUGUAGGAAGGGCAGCUCCAGCCCUACAAGACAGAGUCCAAACCUUGUGGGUGAGAAAAGUGAGGUCACUCAGCCUGCCACAACAGGUCAACAGUGCUAAGAAAUAAACCUGAGGGUUUGCAUCUCCCCACUCACUAGGUCCUGUCUCAGUUUACUUCUUUUCAGUUACACAAGAAAGAGUGUAUUUGAGCAGAGAGGUGCACACUGAAAGCCCCAUAGUUACUUCUCCCUCUCCAGGACCUCUGUCUUGUUUUUCUGCUAUUCCCAAUAAGAUUCACAUGCCCUCACCAGUACCAAGGACCCAGAGCAUGCCACUGUAUCUCACCCAUCUGCUGCUGAUGCUGUCCUCCAGGAGUAGCUUCUCAGAGGUCCAAGGUACUACCAGAGACUUCUCUGCAGAGAUGUAUAAGCAGGUGCUGAUAUACUCCGCUAUAAACUAGCUAAAAGUGCUAAAUCCCCUUUCUCUGCUCACCUCUAGCUUCUCCUCUUACUACACAGAAACCUUCAAUGUUUAAAUUUUGCUUGUAAAGGACACUGAUGAGACUUUAAACAGACUACUUACUACACAGAAAUAAAAGAACUACUAGUAGAUAAAAUACAGUGCACGAUAAAGGUACCUAUAUUACAUCUAGUGAAUAAAUAAUAUACAUUAAGAUUCAAUGUGAUUUACCACUAAAUGGAUGAUGGAGUGUUGAGGGUUUCUUGCAGGACAAAGGAUAUAUAUGCACAAUUCAGUCUUCAUAGAAACUGAGUAAGGUCACAAUGCCCUUGAGGAACAUGAAAGAAGAACAACACCCUCAGUGGCAGAUGGUUCAGGAUGUAAAGGCAGACAAGAAAAUCACAGCGAGAUGCAUGAAGAUGAAAAACUAACUAAAAUUAACUGAAAGCUUAAAACACAUGCACAGAAGGAUUUAACCAAUAAUGAAUUAGCUUGAGGAGUGAACAGUAGAACACAGUAUAAAUAUAGCUUGCUUUUUGCAAUAAAUUGGCUUCUUGAUCACAUUGAUCAUGGCAUGAUAUCCUGUUCCUGAUCCCCCGCAAUAAUGGAGUACACAUCAAAUUCUUCCUCUCAAUUCCCAAGAAAGUAACCAUGGAAUUUGUGUCCAAACUCCAGAGAGAAGUCCCUACAUGUUUCCAAGG